AUGGCCAAGAGGACAUUGGGAAUGGGAAAUGCCGCCAAGGCCAAGAAACAAAAGACUUUAGAAUCAAAACAGGACUCCGUCGAUUUAGAAGCGCCCUCGCAACCAACACCGCCAAAGGAUUCGAAUCAGUUAACGGUUGAGCUUCCCGAGGAAGUCGACGCGGAUGACGAGAUAUCGCAGUUGAAAGGGCUAUACAAGACAUAUAUAGACUCGGAGCGCGAUAGUGACUUGAUCUUGAAUGGAAUCAUCCAUGAGUGCGACCGCCUUUUGCGUAAUAGUCAAGCCGAUUCAAAAGAACCACUAGCGGCUAUUUUUUACAAGAUAUACGCUAUUGCGUUGAGUGAAUCGGCAAAUUUCCAUACUGACGCUCCUAAAAAAGUCAGCGAGUUUUUUGACGCGGCAAUUGAACGAAUUGAAGAUGGAUUGGAGAAAUUUCCUCGCGAUAUCGACUUGUUAUUUACCAAAUCUAAGAUCUUAGUUAAUCGAAUUGCAUUGGAGAAAAUCUCCCAGUUGACUUUAGAGAGUCGAAUUGAAGAUGAAGGGGUGAGUCAAGUUAAGCGUGACUUGGAUGAGGCGCUUCAAAUAUAUGAAGACGCGGAACUUCGAGCUCAAGAGUUGGGUGAGUUUGCAGCUUUUAAUAGUGAGGAAUAUUGGGACAUUUUGGAGGCUGUUGAUGAUUUGUUGGAUAUUGUUGAUAAUUUCGGUAAGGAUGACGAGCAACGACUUGAAGAUGAUGAUGACGACGACGAAGAAGAAGCUGAGGCGGAAGAGGCGGAAAAGGCAGUUGAAGAAGAAUUGAAUGUUGAGGAUGCGGAAAAGGCCGCCGCUGAAGAAGAAGAAGGAGAGGACGAGGAAGAUGAGGAUGUCGAACUAGCUGAGUCUCAUCCCUUGUACGCAAUCAAAAACACAGAUGAAUACAAUCAAUGGUGGAGAGAUCACACAACAAGAUACCUUGCCAAUUUGCUCAAAACUGCAUCACCAUCACCCUCACUACGUCGGCAAUUGAAUGCUCGCUUAGGACAAUCUUUUCUUCAAGAAGCUGAAAUCCCAUCUAGUGUCUACACCACGCUCAAAUUCGAUGAAGAUUACCAAGGUAUUGAAGAACUCGAAGGUCUUAAUGUUGAUGAAGCCAAGGAUAUCGCUCAGGAUUUGAUAUCGAAAGCCUUGCAGCAUUUAAAAGAAGCCGAAGAUAAAGAUGAACCUGAAAGUUGGGUAGCUAUAGCUGAGGCCAUGAUAUCAUUGGGCAAUUUGCACGAUGUAGAUAGCAAAGAACAAGAGCUGUUGUAUGAAGAAGCUGAGAAAUUGUUGAAUAAAGCAAACAAUGCUACAAAUGGGAAAUAUCAGGACGCUUUGGAGAACUUGAUAGGGUAA